AUGGACGAGUCAACUCAACUCCAACAAUCACAACUCGCUGCCGUCCUUGGGGGCGAUCCGUCUCAAUUCGAAACCCUAAUAUCCUCCCUCAUGUCUUCCUCUAACGAAACCCGAUCUCAAGCCGAGCUUAUCUUCAACCUCGCCAAGCAACACGAUCCAAACUCACUGUCGCUCAAACUAGCACACCUCCUUCAAUACUCUCCUCACCUUGAUGGUCGUGCCAUGUCCGCCGUCCUCCUCCGCAAGCUGCUCACUCGAGACGACUCAUACCUCUGGCCGCGGCUCUCUCCGCAAACUCAGUCCUCUCUCAAAUCGAUUUUGCUUGCCUGUCUUCAGCAAGAAUCGGUUAAAUCCAUCACCAAGAAGUUGUGCGACACCGUUUCCGAGCUUGCUUCAGGGAUUUUGCCUGAUAAUGGAUGGCCCGAGCUCUUGCCGUUUAUGUUUCAGUGUGUGACAUCAGAUUCAGUGAAGUUGCAGGAAUCUGCGUUUUUGAUUUUUGCGCAGUUGUCCCAAUAUAUUGGAGAGAGCUUGAUUCCUUUUAUUAAGGAGUUGCACGGGGUUUUUCUACAGUGUUUGGCAUCGAGCACGAAUUUUGAUGUGAAAAUCGCGGCUUUGAAUGCUGUGAUUAAUUUUAUUCAGUGUUUGAAUAAUUCGUCCGAGAGGGAUCGGUUUCAGGAUUUGUUGCCGUCGAUGAUUAGGACUUUAACGGAGGCUUUGAAUAAUGGGAACGAGGCGACCGCACAGGAGGCGUUGGAGUUGUUGAUUGAGUUGGCAGGGACAGAGCCCAGGUUUUUGAGGAGGCAGUUGGUGGAUGUUGUGGAGUCAAUGUUGCAAAUUGCAGAGGCGGAGAGUUUGGAGGAAGGAACUAGGCAUUUGGCUAUUGAGUUUGUGAUUACGUUGGCAGAAGCUAGGGAGAGGGCACCGGGGAUGAUGAGGAAGUUACCACAGUUUAUUAGUAGAUUGUUUGCGAUAUUGAUGAGGAUGUUGUUGGAUAUUGAUGAUGAUCCAGCAUGGCAUAGUGCGGAGAAUGAAGAUGAAGAUGCAGGGGAAUCGAGUAAUUAUAGCGUGGGGCAAGAGUGUUUGGAUAGGUUGGCUAUUUCAUUGGGUGGGAAUACUAUUGUUCCAGUUGCUUCAGAGCAAUUGCCGGCAUAUUUGGCUGCUCCCGAGUGGCAAAAACAUCAUGCUGCUCUCAUUGCGUUAGCUCAGAUUGCUGAAGGGUGCUCUAAGGUAAUGCUAAAAAAUCUGGAGCAAGUAGUUACAAUGGUCCUAAAUUCAUUUUAUGAUCCCCAUCCCCGCGUGAGAUGGGCAGCUAUUAACGCAAUUGGGCAGUUGUCCACGGAUUUGGGUCCAGAUUUACAAAAUCAAUACCAUCAAAGGGUUUUGCCUGCAUUAGCAGCUGCCAUGGAUGAUUUUCAGAAUCCUCGAGUGCAGGCACAUGCUGCUUCAGCUGUGCUUAACUUCAGUGAGAAUUGCACUCCAGAAAUUUUAACGCCUUACUUGGAUGGAGUAGUGAGCAAAUUGCUUGUUCUUCUACAGAAUGGAAAACAAAUGGUGCAAGAGGGAGCGUUGACUGCUUUGGCAUCAGUUGCUGAUUCCUCUCAGGAGCACUUCCAAAAAUACUAUGAUGCAGUUAUGCCUUACUUGAAGACCAUCUUGGUGAAUGCAAAUGACAAGGCUAACCGCAUGCUUCGUGCCAAAUCUAUGGAGUGCAUUAGUCUAGUUGGGAUGGCUGUGGGGAAGGAUAAGUUUAGGGAUGAUGCCAAGCAGGUUAUGGAUGUACUUAUGUCAUUGCAAGGAUCUCAGAUGGAGUCAGAUGAUCCAACAACAAGUUACAUGCUACAAGCAUGGGCCAGGCUUUGCAAAUGUUUGGGACAAGAUUUUCUUCCCUACAUGAGUGUCGUCAUGCCACCUUUGCUUCAGUCUGCUCAACUCAAGCCUGACGUAACCAUUACUUCUGCAGAUUCAGAUAAUGACAUUGAUGACACUGAUGAUGAAAGGUCCAUGCCAGAACUUCUGCGCUCUGCAAAAUUAGCUGUAGAGAAAGGGCUUGCUUCAGGUCGCAAUGAAUCUUAUGUAAAGCAACUGUCUGAUUAUAUUAUUCCCGCUCUGGUUGAAGCAUUGCACAAGGAACCUGAUACCGAGAUCUGUGCAAAUAUGUUGGAUGCAUUGAAUGAAUGCUUACAGAUAUCUGGAAUGCAUGUUGAUGAAAGUCAAGUGCGAUCUGUUGUGGAAGAGAUAAAACUGGUCAUCACUGCCAGCUCAAGUCGGAAAAGAGAGAGAGCAGAGAGAGCCAAAGCUGAAGACUUUGAUGCGGAGGAGGGGGAGUUGAUCAAGGAGGAAAAUGAGCAAGAGGAGGAAGUUUUUGACCAAGUCGGUGAAAUAUUGGGAACUCUGAUUAAAACAUUCAAAGCCUCUUUCUUGCCUUUCUUUGAAGAGCUAUCAUCCUACCUAACUCCUAUGUGGGGCAAGGAUAAGACGGCUGAAGAGAGAAGGAUUGCAAUUUGCAUUUUUGAUGAUGUUGCAGAGCAGUGUCGUGAAUCAGCUCUCAAAUAUUACGACACAUUUCUUCCUUUCUUACUGGAGGCUUGCAAUGAUGAAAACCCAGAUGUUCGGCAGGCAGCCGUAUAUGGACUUGGUGUUUGUGCAGAAGUUGGUGGAUCCGUGUUUAAACCUCUAGUUGGAGAGGCUCUAUCAAGACUUAAUGUUGUAAUACGGCAUCCCAAUGCUAAGCAACCAGACAACGUUAUGGCAUAUGAUAAUGCUGUUUCAGCUCUAGGGAAAAUUUGCCAGUUUCAUCGUGACAGUAUUGAUUCAGCUCAGGUUAUUCCUGCGUGGUUAAACUGUUUGCCCAUAACAGGUGAUUUGAUUGAGGCAAAAGUUGUUCACGAACAACUUUGUUCAAUGGUGGAGAGGUCAGACAGUGAAGUUUUGGGACCCAACAAUCAGUAUCUUCCUAAGAUUGUUUCAGUAUUUGCUGAGGUUCUAUGUGGUAAGGAUCUAGCAACCGAGCAAACUCUAAGCCGAAUGGUUAAUCUGCUGAGACAUCUUCAACAAACGUUACCACCAGCUACCUUGGCCUCAACCUUAUCGUUGUUGCAUCCUCAACAACAGUUGGCAUUGCAAUCCAUCCUCUCAUCACAUGGAACUGUGCAUGAGGCUCAGAGCUUAGUCGACUCUCAGAAGUUCCGUGGUCUAUCUUUUAAAAGACCUCAAUUAGGCUGUGUUUGCUUGUCCACAAAAACAGCACUUGAAAUCACUGGGAGGCUAUCUACUGGAUUUCACAGUAGUAGCGCACGAACUCCGAUACCUUGUUUGUUUGAUAAUGGGAGUGAAGAUUCCUCUAAGAAGAGGCAGGUAUUUCUUCUAGGUUUUUUCACUCACUUCUCUUCAAACAUUCGCAAAUGGAAUAUCAGCAAUCCCAAAAGCAAGUUUGUUGGAGUUAGACAAAGGCCUUCAGGAAAAUGGGUAGCAGAGAUCAAAGACACUACACAGAAGAUCAGAAUGUGGCUUGGGACCUUCGAGACAGCUGAAGAAGCUGCUCGAGCUUAUGAUGAAGCUGCCUGUCUUCUUCGGGGUUCGAAUACUCGAACCAACUUCAACACCCAUGUUUCCUCCAACUCUCCUAUUUCUACGAAAAUCAGAAACCUUCUCAAUCACAAAAAGAGUUUGAAACAAAACUCCUCCACCACAAAAUCUACCAUUAAAGCCAGCACUAUAGUUAGUACCAAGAGUAGUUUCGAUAGUAGCAUUGAUAGUUUUCUACCUUGUAACAGCAACAUUGAUAGUUUUCCAUCACCUAUGGACAACAGUAUCAGUUAUUUCAAUGGCAUCAAACAAGAAAACCUAGGGUUUGAUAAUGCAUAUAGGCCAGACAUGAGUGGCUGCCUUGGAGGGCUUGAGCCGGUUGCAUCUCAAUUCUAUCCCUCGUGCUCAUUCCCAUCUGGGUUUGAUCCUCAGCUUCCAUUUAUUCAAGAAGGAACGAUGCUGCCGAAGAAUGUUGGUCUGUUCUCUGAUACAUCACAUGUUCUAGAGUUAGCUGAAUUCGAACGCAUGAAGGUGGAAAGGCAGAUAUCAGCAUCAUUAUAUGCCAUGAAUGGAGUGAAUGAGUACUUGGAGAACGCAAAUGAUUCAAGUGAUGCUCUCUGGGAUCUCCCAACACUCUGCCAAUUGUUCUGUCCGAGUUGA